AUGACAACAUCGAAUGCCAAAGAAGCGGAGGGUCCUUGCAACUUCAACUACGUUAGACAAUAUGUCUCCACGUUGAACUACCCGCUGGAAAAGAUGAGUGACAUGACGGAGGAGAUGCGGGCGGAGUGCAAGGAAAUUGUAGUGAACGCGAUUGAAAAGCAUGAGGACAGCUACGAACAUGCAGCCAAGCACAUCAAGGAGCAGAUGGAUAAGAAGUACGGCACGUCGUGGCACUGUGUGAUUGGAGAGGGGUUUGGUUUUGAAAUCACAUACGAGAUGAAGCACCUCAUGUACAUGUUUCACAGGGGCUACAUGGCGAUAGUCGUCUUUAAGGGCCUUUAG